AUGGCCCCGACCUCUGAAAAUCUCCUCGGUGUGAUCCCUAUGGCUCCAACCAUGGGGGCGUGCCUGAUAGGAGUCUAUCUCUCGUGCAUCUUUUAUGGUCUGACGCUGCUUCAAACGUACCAAUAUUUCCACCGAUAUUGGGCCCGUGACAAGAUGUACCUCUACGUUCUGGUUACUGCCUUAACGGUUUUGGACACUGUUGCCACUGUCGCAAACAUGUACUCAAUGCGGCACUACCUAAUUGAAAACUACGGGGAUCCAGUGACCAUUCUGCGGGUCCAUUGGACCAUCUCGUUGUCUUUGGCUGCCACGUUGGGUAUCGAAUUCCUUGUCAAGAGCUUCUAUGCCUACCGACUUUGGAUCUUGAGCGCGAAACGACAGUAUCUUUUGGCUAUUAUUAUUAUUCUAUUUGCCCUCGUCACUGUUGGCGUUGGCAUUGUGUACAUCUACCUAAUCGCCAAGAACGGCUCGCUUUUCUAUCUUCCAAAUAUCACGCACCUGGUUGUGACAGCCUUGGCAUUCUCACUUGGAGCUGAUAUUCUAAUCGCGUCGAGCAUCACUUUUCUUCUCAUGAAGGGCCGCAGCAGCACCUCGCAACACAGAACGGACCAUAUCCUCCGCAAACUCAUCACGUACACAAUCAACACUGGGCUGCUAACAGUGUCCGUGGCAUUCCCACCAUUAACCUACUGGAAGCCCACCUGA